CCACAACCACCCUAUAGCCAAUAUCAAACGGCAACCAGUAAAGGCCGGGCAAAGAAAAGAAGAGAAGAGAAGGCAGCAAAACUACACUAAGAUAAAAUGCCCCAACGUCCUAAGCCCCGCGUGGUCAUGAAUCCCCAAUCCCUUCAGUCCCAGCCUCCCCGGCGCGGUCUCCCCGUGCAAGAUAUUCGGCAGACGAAAGAAUAUAAAGUCGCUGCGAGGCGGUAUGUUUUCCUUUCCUUUCCUUUCCUUCCUUGCUUUUCUUUUCUUUUCUUUUCGUUCUUGUUUCUUUUUUCUUUGGUUUUUUUUUAUUUACGGGGUUUGGGUUGGGAUGUAGUUGGGUGUUUGGGGUGCUUUGUUUUUGAAGUUGUUCGGGUCAGCUGAUGAUGGGAUGGUAGAUGGCUUUCGACGAUCGUGGCGUUGCCGAUUUUGAUGUAUACUUCUUAUGUGCUUUAUGAGAGGAGUGAGUUUUCUUUCUUCUUUUCUUUCUUUAUUUUUUUUUAUUCGUGGUAGAAGGGGGGAAUGC